ACACCCUACAACGCAAACCCGCGAGAAGCACAGCCUCGUGCCGCAUUUCCCCUGCCGACCUUCACCACAUCUAUUUCAGGCGCGGAAAUGAGAUACACGCGCUGUUCUUUCCUGGCAAAGCGGUUUUCUUCACAGCUGCCGUGCUGUCGCGCCCAAAUUGUUCCCCUGCAUCGCGGAUUGCAAUUGGCAACAAUGUCAACAAACCGCCCUCGCUACAAACACAUUGACGAUGUUGAAAGGCUCGACUAUUACGAGAAAGGUGGAUACCACCCUCUCCAAACGGGGGACUAUCUUCAAAAGCGGUACAGAAUCGUGCACAAGUUGGGAUUUGGGAGCUACUCGACUAUUUGGUUAGUCAGGGAUGAACAGCUUUCCAAGUACGUCGCCAUUAAAGUCGGCACCGCUUCAUCCAACCACAAGGAGAUCGACAUCCUAAGCCGCCUUGCCAACCAUCCUGCUGGAGACAAGAGCCUCGGUACAUCCCUGAUCCCACCCGUACUCGAUCGCUUCAACGUUCAUGGGCCAAAUGGAACCCAUCCCUGCUUCGUCACCGUACCAGCCAUGUGCAGUCUUGCCGAUGCGAUCGCGGCUGGCGACCACGAACCAUUCCAGACCAGUGUUGCCAGGUCUCUUGCUGCACAACUCGCCAUGGCUGUGGCACAUAUGCACAGCGUGGGCUUUGUUCACGGCGAUCUUCACUUUGGAAACCUCCUCCUUCAACUACCAGCAGGGUUAGAUGACUUGACAGUCCAGCAGCUCUACGAUCAGUAUGACAUGCCAGAGCCCGAGCCUGUUGUGCCGGAAGAGGGUCAGCCUCUCUCAUUGCCGGGUGUCCCUGCACACGUGUAUGCUCCGAUUUGGAUGGGAAAGCCAAGUAAUGAGAUCUCGCUCGGUGAAUCGAAACUCUUUCUCGCCGACUUUGGGACAGCGUUUUGCCCAGACGAGGAACCAAGAUUCGAGUCGUAUACCCCUCUUGAAAUCAGACCACCCGAGGCUAGAUUUGAACCUACACAGCCAUUGACCUUCGCAUCGGACGCUUGGAGUCUUGGCUGCAUGAUAUGGGCAAUCCUCGGCGUGAAACCGUUUCUUGGCGCAUGGUUGUUUGGGCCAGAGAGCGCCGCCGCAGCUCAAAUUGAUGCCCUAGGUCCUAUGCCAUAUGGGUGGUGGGAGAAGUGGCAAGCCAAAACAAAGACAGAGUCGUUUGAUGGGAAUGGGAGACCAAAGCCAGGUAGAGAGGUAUGGACAUUCGAACAACGGUUCGAAGACAGUAUACAGCAACCGCGGAGAGAGGGUGGUAUGGAGGUGAUUGCUGAUGACGAAAGGGAAGCUAUUUUUGAGAUGAUCAAGGGCAUGCUCAAGUUUUGUCCUUGCGAUCGCAUGACUGUUCAGCAGGUAUUGGAAACAGAGUGGAUGAGGAAAUGGGCUAUCCCGGGAGCUGAAAAGUCAUGGCAAACGCGGGAUACUUUUUUUUGACAAAUUCAACUAUUUCAGUGC